ACAUAAAUGGCAAAUGAAUCGAACAACUGACGCCAUUGGGACUCGUCUUUGUGGUACCAAUCGAUAACGGUUGUUUGGAGUAACAGAAACCUUUUUAAAAUACUUCUGCUUUCUGGACAGUGUAAUGCUGUUUACAUUUUCAACUUUUAUCAACAUUAAGAAAAUGUGUUUGCACAUCUGGUGCAUGAAAAGUGUUUAAUUCAUAUCUGAGUGUGAAAUUUUGACAGCAUCAGUAUUCCUUGGCGCCAAUUUAUUAUUAGUAUUUUUGGCGGGAUAUUUUCGUUAAUCGUUAAGUGUAGGAAUUGAAUUAAAAAUCAUCUGCCAAGAUGUUUUAUGCCCAUUUUGUGCUCGCUAAAAAAGGGCCUCUGGCACGAAUUUGGUUAGCUGCCCACUGGGAUAAAAAGUUAACCAAAGCACAUGUAUUUGAAACCAAUAUUCAAAAAUCUGUUGAAGACAUUUUGCAUCCUAAGGUAAAAAUUGCUCUCAGAACUUCAGGCCAUUUGCUGCUUGGAGUUGUAAGAAUCUACUCUCGUAAAGCAAAGUAUUUGCUGGCUGAUUGCAAUGAGGCAUUUGUGAAGAUUAAAAUGGCAUUCAGGCCUGGGAUGGUUGAUUUGCCAGAAGAAAACAGAGAAGCUGCUGUUCAAGCUAUCACCUUGCCUGAAGUUUUUCAUGACUUUGAUGCAAAUGUUCCAGAUUUAAAUGAUGCAGAAAUGCAAGCACAGUUUACUCUUAACCAGUCAAGGGCUGAAGAAAUUACUAUGCGCGAGGAUUAUGGCUGUCAGCUACCACCUUUAAACCAUGAUGAAGAAGGAUUUGGUGAUCUCGGAUUUGGUGAUUCUGGUCCUCUUGAAAUGAUUCGAGACGGUUCAUCCAUAGACCAUUCACUGGAACCUGGAAGUUUUUUCGCCGAAGUUCGUGACCGCAGUGAAUCUCGUAGGAAUCGUCCGUCAUCAUCAGUUCGGCUACGAUCUGAAACAGACACACCUAUUAGGGAUGAUGGUUUUGGUGGGAACCUUGGAAAUGAUGAAAUUGGUGGAGGGCUUUUUGAAGGUGGGGGUUUAUUUGAUGAUGCCCCAAUAGGUGACGUACCAUCUUUGAAUGAACCGUCUGACCUGGAUAUCAAAGUAGGAACGAAGAAUCGAGAAAACUUGGACAAUUUCAAUGGGACACACAUAGAUUCUGAUGACGACGGAAUCGACGCUUAUGGUGGACCACCGUCUGUAGGUGGAAGCAGUUCUUCGUCACGUCCUGUUAGUCCCUUCGGUGGCCCAAUUUCAGCGGGCAUGAACCAUCCUCCAGCAUCACCCAGAUCACCAGCUCGUGUUUCUGAUGAAGUUAAUAACCUCGAUCAAGGUAGUGUUAACAUUCCAGAUGGGGAUGAUCAACUGCCAGGCGCAAAUGUCGACCAGACAACACUUCUCCACAAUGAAGAAGAGGGCUUCGCCCUUGCUCCUGUUGAUACAACGACUGUUAAGGGAUGGGCCCGGCACAAGCGCAAGAGAAAGCUUAUUGUUGACGAAGUCAAAAACAUAUCUGGUGAAGAGAUGAAAUCCCAACUUUCAGAUACUUCUGAUAUAGUAACCACAUUAGAUUUGGCCCCACCUACAAGGAGACUGAUGCACUGGAAAGAAACGGGCGGGGUUGAAAAACUCUUUGCCUUACCCGGAAGGUCCAUACCAGCCCGUUCUCUGUUUCGGGAUUACCAACGACACCUCACUAGCCAACCUACAGAGAAUGAUGACUUUGGACUUACGCCUGAAGUGGAAAAAGAGAACUUGCCGCUGGAAACUGUUCGCGUUGCAGAUGCUGGGGAAUCAAUCCGCCAAGACUUCCCAGAAGCCCCUACGCCCCAACCUGUAAAGCGAACAGUAGGACGAAAGCGUAAAGCUCCAGUUGAUCUGGAAGCUGAAGCCGAGGAACAUCAGAAACGACGAGAAGUUCAAUAUCAGAGCUUACUAGCACCCUCAACACAGUCAUCUCCUGUCGCACCACCAGCCACAAUUCAGUCCUCGCUUAUAGAUGAUCAUUCGUUUCCACAGUUUCCACUACCAUCACUACCUGAUGUUCAGGAACCACCAGAGACGAACACUUCCACACUCCCAGAGCCAGUUGUGCAACACGCUCAAUCAUUUGUUGAUGCAACAAGGGAAUUUUCCGAGAUGGAAAAUAUGGGCUACGAUCAGAAUAUGGGUAAUCUCGGGUUAGAUGCAGCAGAACCUUUCACGAAUUUGCCCCCGCAAACGCCUGGAGCCCUUUCAGAACGUGCCCCUCCUACUCCUUGGCAUGACGAUUACGAAAUGGCGCCAUCAGUCGGUCCACUUGACGAGCAGCUGGCAGAUGAAACCUAUGAGCAGUUUGAGGAGCGCGUUCUCAACAAACGAGCUGCGACAAUGUAUAACCUUGUGCGUGCUAAAAUGCAGCUUAGCGACUCCAUCCCGUUCUCAGACAUGGCUUUUCGAAAUAAUAAGAAGCAGGUCGCACAAAAGUUUUACACUUUGUUGGUCCUUAAGAAAAAUCAGGUCCUUGAGCUAGCACAGGCCAAGUCGUAUGCUGAAAUUCUGGUUUCUCAAGGACCUAAAUUUGAAUCGCCGUCCUUGUGAAGUGCGUUCAAACUACAUAAUGUUUCGAGUGUUGAAAAGAUUGUCAAAAAUGUGUCAUGUUUUUCUCGUUUUUUUUUUUCGAUAAUUUUUUACCGAGAACAGCUAUGUGUUUUAUUCCCAUUUGUUACGGGAUGAUAAUGCGUGAUUAAUUGUAAUACAGAAUCGUGUUUCCAAGUAAA